AUGAGGGGAAUUCUAUGUUUUUUUUUGCUGCUUUUAUUAACGGAUUUUGUGAAUUCUAAUGCUUAUAAAUUCACAUUGACACUGAAAGAGACGAAUGAUGUUACGAACAUCGAGAAGUUUGUGGAGUUUUUGGUGGAUAUGACUUGUGGAAAUGAUGACUGUACCUAUAGGAUCACUUUUGAAAAUUUUGGAUUUUUGAAAAUUUUGGUCAAUGAUAAGGAAUGUCCCAGUCAAUGCGGAGAUACCUUCUACAAACGGAACACCGUAAAUGUGACCGUUUUCAAAACUGAAAAUCUUUACAUAAAAAUGUUCGACUUCGAAUUCGUCAACCAGCCAAAUGUGGUGGUUUUGGGUUGUGAAAUGGGACUUUUUAAUGAUAAAAUGUGUACAAAAGUCAGCCAAAAUGUAAUGUUGCCAAUGGAAGCUGAGCAAUAUUCGGAUGACGUUUGCAUUUGUGGAACUGAUGCUCCACAGCCUUAUUGCGAUGAUAAGACAAAUAAUGGAUAUUGCAAAAUCGGCCAAAUCUCCUGGUGGCACGACUACAACAAAAUUUCAACUACAGUAAACCCAGGACCGCCUGUUAUCAUCUCCACAAUCAUCGAUAACGUUACAGUAACCCUUCAAGAGUCUCUCACAAGUGCUGGUAUUAAUGACCAUAAGGAUAUUAUAGUCUCAGCGUUUUUAAACUGCACCGAGGGAGUUUGCCAGUAUAAAACUACCGUAACCAAUUAUGGGCCAGGGUAUUAUGACUACAAAGUUGGAGAUAAUAAAUGCACCAGUCCAACUUGCUUUGGAUCCUUCCUCAAGGGUCAUCGUGCUCCAGUGGUUCUCCAACGAAAAAAUCAGAACCUGGAAAUUCUGGCCUAUCAAUAUACUAACGGUUAUCCGGAGAUCACUGUACUCGGCUGUGGAUCUGGCCUAAUUUUACAUGACACGUGUCAGAGAAGUCUUGGGUAUGCGUACUUCGACAGUCAAUACUAUAACGAUGUCGUGUGUAGCUGUCAAGGCGCUAAGAUGGGUUGUGAUGAUCUGACGCAAAUUGCUGUGUGUAUAGGUGGAACCCUAACCUGGUGGACAGAUGCACCCGACUCAACAUAUCCAACUAGCAGCUCGAUUGCCACUACAACUUUUCCGCUCCAGGAUCCCAAUAUUUUUGACCUCAAAUUCUUUUUAUCCGAAUUCACCUACAAUGGAAGUCCGGAUUAUGAUAAAAACGUCACACUUGUUGUGAAUAUGACAUGCUCGGCUAUCGACUGUGAUUAUUCUGUGCGAAUUUUGGAGUAUGCGCAGAAUUAUUACACGAUCUAUGUUAAUGGAGAGGAAUGCCCCGGCUCUCACUGCGCUUCGAAAUUCUCCAAGUAUCAUAGUAUUCCAGUCCAUCUAGCUCGAGUCUCCGAAUAUUUGAAUCUAUUCGACUUGGAAUUUCAAGACACACCAAAUGUCAGAGUAUUAGGGUGUACCUAUGGAAUGUUGGAUUAUGGUGGAUGCAGAAGUUCGCAGUAUUUUGAUGACAAAUUUCAGAAGGAUGAUAUUUUCUGUGUUUGUCAGAGUAGCGAGCUGAAAUGUGAUCAAGGGGUGGAGUCAGGAUUUUGCUCGGACGGUGAUCCUAUCUGGUGGAAAUCCGGAAAAAUUUAUGAUAUCUCAUCUUCCACGUCACCAACAACAACGUCUUCAGGAACCUGGUCUACAACAUUUUUCAUCGGACUCAAUGAAACUGUCACCGCUGGAACCCAGCGAGUUUCCAUUGAAACAACGCUAGAAUGCCCGGAUUCUUCAUGCACCUUCAAGAUUACUGUAAACAAAAUUAACAAGGAUUAUUUUCGGAUCUAUCAAGAUAAUGCAGAUUGUACGACACACCCUUGUUCAGGGACACUUUUUCAAACUCAAUCGAUCCACAUUUAUCUGCGUAAAGCCGACGGAAGCGGAGUUAUGGAUUUGUUUGAUUUGAGAUUUAAGGAAGUUGUCGUUUUGAAUUGUACCGAUGGAUGGUUGGAACCCGGAAAAUGCUUAAAGGCGAAGAAUGGAGAUGAUGAGAUGUGCAGCUGUCAGGAUACAUCUUAUGAUUGCGGAAGUGUUCAAGAGUAUAGUUCGUGCCUAUCUGGAACACCAGAAUGGUGGAAACCUCCCAAUGAAUUAUCUACUGAAGCUUCGACCACAUCACUUGCCACGUCAUCACCAUCAUCACCUUCUACUUCUCAAUCUGCCUACACCACCACAGUCAUCAUUAAACUUUCCGAAAAUCAUGGUCCAGAUAAUCAACAAAUUUCGAUUCAAACCACUUUACGAUGCCGAGACGAAUCUUGUACCUAUGACAUUGAAGUUGACAACAAUGCCGAAGAUUAUUUUUCAGUUUCUUUGGAUGAUCAAAACUGCUACCCGUCAUGUCAUGGAUCGUUCUACUACACCGAUAUCUGUAGAUUCUAUGUGUACAAGGGUGAAAAUCAGAAUAUGGAUUUGUUCGAUUUGAAGUUCAAAAAUGUGACGAUCUUGGGAUGCACCAAUGGAUUGCUAGAGUCUGGGAAAUGUUUGAAGGCUAAAAAUGGAAACGAUGAGAUGUGUAGUUGUCAGGAUGCGGAUUCCAAUUGUAACAGUGUAUCGGAGGACAGUGAAUGCAAAAGCGGUGCCCCACUAUGGUGGCAACCGGACCACACGUCUUCAACAGUUUCCACUUUGUCCUCAGCACCAUCUACACCACCCAACCAAUACGUCACCGUGUCAGCGUCUCUUUCAGAAGAUUUGACAACGGACCCAUAUAACUUCAAUAUCGUGACAGUGAUAGGAGUAAUGAACUGUACAAAGAGUGCGUGCCAGUAUGGAGUUACUGUAGUCAAUCAGAAUCCCGAUUAUUAUCUGGUGUUGAGGAAUGGAGAGGACUGCCCCGCCCCUUGUCAAGGCACGAUUGCUAAUGGAGACCCCAGUGUAAUCAUCACGGUUCAUCGACAAAAUCAGCAUUUAAAUUUUAUGGAAUUUCAAUUUGAAAAUUCCCCAAAAAUCCUUAUUAUGGGUUGUGAGGCGAUGGGAAGAGAUGGUGGACCAGACUUUAUCAGUCUGGAGGAUAAUUAUCAAUGUUUGCACAUUUUCGAGACAACUUCUUUGGGAGCUAACAAAUAUUUCGAUGAUGUGUGUCUUUGUAAAGAAAGUGGAGAAAAAUGUGAUAAUCAGACACCGGUUGGGAAGUGCACUUCGGGCAAGGUACAAUGGUGGCAGGAUGACUUUUCGACCAGUAUGGUACCAACUACUACAGUAACCACAACACAGGCGACGACUACUGUAGCUACAACUACCGAACCCUCAACAACUACAGUACCCACAACAACUACUGAAGCCACAACUACAGUACCCAGCGACAAGUUCUCCUUUGAAAUCUCGCUCACAGAGGGAAGAAAUAAUCGAAAAAAUCAAAUGAUGGUUUCUUCGGAAAUGGAUUGUAGUUUAGAAAAAUGCGAUUUUUGGAUCAAAGUUGAUAAUCGAGCACAGACUUGGUUCAAGGUCUACAUGGGCAGUGAAGAAUGUCAAAACCAAAAAUGCUCGGGGUCAGUCGUCCCAGGAGCCUCUGCAAAUGUCACAAUCUACCGGGGAACUGAAUUUUUGGAUUUUUUCGAUUUUCAAUUCAAAAAUAUUGUGGUCCUCGGAUGUGAUAAUGGACUUUUGGACUACGGUAGUUGUGUCAGGAUGACCAAAGCAGUAUCAAUCAAUGGACAAGAAUAUAUUGAUGAGAUUUGUAGUUGUAGAAGUCGUGAAAUGGAUUGUAAGAAUGCAAAAGUGGGAGUAUGUGAAACUGGAGUGCAAACUUGGUGGAGAGAUGCACCGAGGACUAGUACUACUGGUGGGACCUCUUCAGAAGCUACUACAGUACCCACAACUACAGCAGCUGCAGUACCCUCUUUGCAGGAUUUGGCUAAUGGCGGCGUAGAUCUGAGCAAUGUGACCCAGGUUCUCAACGACACCGAACACUACUCAAAACAAGGAAUGGCUCUGAAUCACACCCAAAUUUUCGAUAUCACAAAAAUUUUGCACAAUUCUGCAAACCUGCCAGGAAUUUCUCAAAAGAAUGCAAUUCAAAUUCUUCAAAACAUGGACCAAUGUCUGAAUGCUCAUAAGGAGCAAGUUCGACGAGGGCAAACUCGAGAAUUCCGACUUUUGGCUGUUCUACAGCCCAUGGUUAUGAAUACCAAGGACAAAUUAAUACAAUAUUUGGAUGGGAAGAAUCUAGGAUUUAAUGCAAAAAAAGUGAACUGUCAGAAUGAAAACCAUACUGACGACGGGCUAAUCGACUACGGUAGGGAUAUUGGAUUCGCAGUGCUCAACGACACCAACAAGUUGUCUUCAACUCAACACAACUCAAUUAUAGUCCCCCUGGGUACAGUAUGCCAGGAUAGUCAAGACAUUUCCCAUGUGUUUUUUACAAUUUUUCGAGGGCAAAAACUCUUUCGAGGUCCCCAAGCUUAUCGGAGUUAUGGAAGGAAGUCGGAGGAAGCUGAUGAUAGUAGUGAUAAAGAAUCUAGUAAUGAAUUUCGGGAGCGAUGGAAACGAGAUGCUAUUCAGCCAAAUGAGACAGAAGGUGUAAAUCAAAUCCCAGCACCAUCCAGAUGCGUCGUUCAACCAUCUGUACCCGAUGUUCCAGUAAUGUCAGCAACAUUGAUGAGUGGGGCUGUCCAGAUACAUUCUUUUCCCAAAAUUGUGGGGGUCAGCAGACCACCAAUGGCAAAACUUCAAUUUAAUACUGGAAAAAGAUCUAAUAAAUCAGAAUUACUUAUUAAGAUCCCCCGACCCCUUCACGGACAAAAAAUUGUGACCUGGUUCGACGAGUCGAAACAAGAAUGGGCGCUCCAGGAGAAGUGUAACAUGGAAAGUGAUGAAAACGGAAUCGUAUUAGCAUCCUGUGAGCAUCUCACCGAUUUCACAGUUUUGAUUUACGGGCAACUCGACGCUGAGCAGGUUUGCAGUUGGCCAUUGAUUAUAAUCGGCUACUCGGUUAAUGGUGCAUCGAUCUUCUGUCUUCUAUUGCUGAUUGUAAUUGGAUUACUGUUUUACAUUCAAACUGACACUAUCCGAAAGAUUUUGAGCUAUAUCCGAGGUCAAGCACAGACAAGUGGAGAUAUUAUCAAUUUAUCAUACUACUGUAUUUUUCUGAUGUUCUUUGUGCUGUCCUUGUUUUUUAUGGACCAGUCUAGCGGUGGGAAUGAGGAGGAUGGAACUACAACGUAUUGUGUUGUGAUUGCGGCAAUGUCCUAUUUUUCAUUGAUCAGCGCUAUCAUGAUGAGCAUGCUGAUCGGAAUCCGAAUGAUUUGUCACUUUUUCUCUCCCAAACUUCGUGCAUUUUUCAAAGUGAUGACUUCCCCACCAGCUGCGUUAAGCAUCGGAGUCAUUAUUCCAUUCACUCUAACCCUAACUCUAGCACUUUCCGAAAGAGAAUUUUUCGAACGAAACGACGCAUUCUGUUGGGUUCGUCCGGAUUACAUUGCCUAUGCCGUGAUAGUACCAGUGAUAUUGCCAAUUAUCAAUGGAGUCAUUUGUUCAACAUUUGCCAUUUAUAAAAUGUUCUUCCAAGCGAAACGAGGGUUGAGGGAUAAGGAGACGUCUCAUUAUGAUGCUGAGUUUUGGUCAAAAGUCCUUGGAUUGAUUAUUAUGCAAUUUGCAAUGGGUCUACCGUGGAUAUUAAUCCAACCCCUAAUACAAUUGCAGGGCAUAGAAUUCAUUCUAAUCGGUGUCGCCGGGAGCAGUGCCUGGAACUAUGUGUUUGUGAUACUACUAGGAACUCAAGGAAUCGAUCUAUUCUUAAUAUUUUUGUAUCGAAGACAGCGAUUGGUGAAUGAAUCAAGGAAAUGGAGCGCGAGAGAGGAGAAAAUGGAGAGGAAGCAGAGACAAUUGGAAAGAAGUGGCGAGGAAGGUUAA